AUGGGCGAAAAGUUCAUUGUUGAGUUCGGUAGCAGCAAGGUGUGUUCAUCCAUUUGCAUUCAUCCACCAGCUGUUGCAGUGCCGCGCUGGAGCGACGUAGAUCUGACGAUGACGCUACAGGAUGAGGACAGAGAGGCUCUGAUCAACAAGUUGACCGCCGACGAGAGAACCAAAGUCGUCAAGCGGUUCGAUCACGCGAUCUUCUCUGGAGUUGUUAUCGAGACUGGCAAUCAUAACAUGGACACUCUCCGGGCCAUUCCGAAUGUUGGCAAUGUGUGGCCAUCCAGAAAUGAGGGGAUGCUAGGCGCGCUUGGAGGGUCGCAGUCGUAA